AUGUCAACAUCCAUCAAGUCGCCAAACCAAAACAUCCUAUUAACCCCCUCUUCAGACUUGAUCGAAAAUGGCAAAAUCAUCGACCCCUACAAUCUACCCCACCCAGUAAUCUUUCUCUCCGGCACCACAAACUACAACAAAGACGAGAGCCGCUGGCAAGAGGUUCUCACAGAUCGCCUUCUGGCCCGCUCUCGUUCCACAUCCACAGAUGAUAAAAAUGUUACCAACGAACCAAACAGCUUUGCACCAGUCACAAUAAUCGACCCCUACAACCCCGCCUGGGACUCGACUUGGCGUGAAGAUCCCUCAGAUGAAAAAUUUGUCACACAGGUGAAUUUCGAACUGGAGGGCUUGGAAUUAGCGGAUAUUGUUGUAGUGGGUUUCAUAGGAGCGGAUGUUCGCGCUGGAAAAAUAGGGGCGGGAGGGACGGCAUUGUUGGAAUUGGGGAUGGCGUUGAAGAGGAAAGGACAGAAGGUGAUUGUUUGUGUAGAAAAGGGGUUUUGGAAGGAGGGGUAUGUUAAGGUUUUAUGUGAGAGGUUCGGAGUGCAGUGUUUGGAUAGUUUGUCGAUGGUCGAGACGAUAGUUGGGGAGGGAGUGGAUCCAUGGGAGUCGGAGUCGAGUCAGAUGACGGGGUUGGUGUGA